UUGUCUAGGUACUCCCUGUCCAGGUACAUAAACUUUCCUUUUCCUCAUAUCGUCUUUGUGAUCACUUUGCAUUCUUUUACACGCGUGAGACCAUUGGGCACUACCGUUGCGUGCUUCAAUCAGCCGUCCGUGUCCUUGUCUGCACUGCCUCGCAGCAGCAAGAGUCCACCAACCAACCGUGCCAGAUCUGCAGCAGACACCUGAAACUGCUCCUUCGCAGGGGUCCGUGAGAGAAAGAGGGAGAGAAACUGCAAGUCAAAGCUGCCCCUUGCACCAUCGCCAAUAUGCAUAAUCUCCGACCGCCGGUAGCAAGUGAGAGCUCGCCAAUCUCGCCAACAGCUAUCACCGAAUUUCGCAAACGUUCACUGCCUCCACAUAUUAUCGAGAUACAGAAGAAGGAGGCUCUAGCCAUGGUCACCGAACACUCAGGGGAAUCCAAGGAAGAACAACCACAAUCACAGCCGUCUUUUUUGAUACGGCACUUCUACAGACCAGCUCGAACCUCUGGUACAGAUGACCAUGGGAGUGAUGCAGCGCCAGUCAGCUUCUCAUUUCUAUCGCGCGGGUUCAUCACGCUGGCAGCAACACUUUGUCUCAUUAUAGUAGCAGUACUAUGUGCGGUCCUAACCUCAAUAUACGUGCGCCAUCAGAGACAAGAACAAGCUAUUCGUCGGUCCCCUGUGCAUGAAGCAAUAUUUGCCAACUUCCCAGAUCCUGCAAUAGUCAAGCACGAAGGGUUGUAUUACGCCUUUGCUACAACCAAUGCUGCUGGAAUCCUCGCACAAGCGCACAACAUGACUCUGGCCGACUAUGGCAGGAGCAACAUUCAGAUGGCAACCAGUCUGGAUUUCAAGAAUUGGACGUUACUAGACUCCAAGCAUGAUCCCCUUCCAGACUUGGGCGGCUGGGUGAAGCGUGGAUUCAAUGAGAAACACAUUCCAUUUGCAAAUGUCUGGGCCCCAGCAGUCAUCAAGAGACCCAGCGAUGGCAAAUUUAUCCUGUACUAUUCCGCUGCAGUAGAGAACGCAACACGGUCCCACUGCAUCGGCGCCGCGAUAUCGAAUACGUCGUCACCGGCCGGGCCUUAUUUCCCAUUGAAUACAACCAUCACCUGUCCUAUCAAAGAGGGUGGCGCUAUUGAUCCGACUCCCUUCAUCGACAUGGACGGGUCUUUCUAUCUUGCUUACAAAAUCGACGGCAACAACGUCGGUCGGGGCGGCGUUUGCGGUAAUACGGUGACCCCUAUCGUCUCAACUCCUAUACAGCUGCAGAGGAUGAAAGAGGAUGGAGUUACGCCAGACGGUCCCGAGACGACCAUCCUUGACCGCACUGAACAAGAUGGUCCUCUGGUAGAAGCGCCGUUCCUGGUACGGAGCUCAGGAGGCAUAUAUUUCUUGUUCUAUUCCUCGGGGUGUACGCGAGAUUCUUCAUACGAUGUCAAGUAUGCCUGGGCGCAGAACGUCACAGGUCCAUAUCAACGUGCGGACAAGCCUUUGCUGAAGACUGGCGACUUCAAAUUACUGGCACCUGGAUCAGUCGGCCUUACAGAAGUGAUGGAGGACGAAACCUUCGGAAUGGCCUUUCACGCUCGGGUCGAGGCACCGUAUGGUAAGGUCAGGGCAAUGUAUACCUCGACCAUUCGUUUCAACGGAUCCGAAGUGUUAUUGGUUAGGAAAUGAUAGUAAUCCAUCUCGAAACAUCUUGAUAUAUGAAAUAUAUCGCUUACUCUGU